AUGGCUUCGCCGCCGACAUGGCCCGCGGCCCCGACGGGUUUAGAGAGCAUGGAGGGGCUCGCCCUCGACACUAUCAUCGCCAAGGCCGACACGUGCCAUGCGACCGCGCUCGCAUGCGCCAGCGCGCACUUGCGCACCGCCGUCGCCGAGGAUGUCAUCUGGCGCAGCUUCUGCUCCCGAGACCUCGGCCUUGACGCGCCCCGCGACCCGACGACCGCCCGCUCCCCUCCUUCAAGAUCACACAAUGAUGUCAACGUGCUUCAACGAUCGUCGGUGUUUGCAAGUCUUGUCGAAGGCAACAACCCGUCGAUCAGUGUUAACAUCAACGUCAGCAUCUCCGUGUGUCUCUCUCCCCCUUCCCCCGUCCCCCCCCCACCCUCACCCCCACCUCCGACACACCGCGCCACGCUGAUGGCUUCGCCGCCGACGGGGCCCGCGGCGCCGGCGGGUUUAGAGAGCAUGGAGGGGCUCGCCCUCGACACUAUCAUCGCCAAGGCCGGCGCGCGCCCUGCGGCCGCGCUCGCCUGCGCCAGCACGCACCUGCGCGCCGCCGUCGCCGAGGACGCCGUCUGGCGCAGCUUCUGCUCCCGAGACCUCGGCCUCGACGCGCCCCUCGACCCCGAGGACCGCCCGCUCCCCUCUUUCAAGGAUGCAUAUAAAGUUUGGUCAGAGUCUUUUGGUAUGUAUCCAUUACCCCUGGUAAAGAGAGUGAAACUUUUUUGGAGCUCAUUAAAAAGCUGGAUUUCUGAAAACUUCCCUGAAGCACUCAGAACUUUGAGUAAAGGUGCUUCUGAAGCUCAGAUAAGAUCAGCGGAAGAUGAUCUUGGUUUCAAGCUUCCUAUGCCCACGAAGCUAUUGUACCGCUUUUGCAAUGGUCAGCUGCCUUUCAGUAAAAACCACUUUGAGAAUAUACGCAUGGCUCCUCUUGGCAUAAUAGGAGGUUAUGUGUUUUAUGAUCACAAUGUAAAUGUGCACCUGUCAUCGCUUGAGCAAAUGGUCGAAGAGACAAAAGAAUUUAAAUUCAAAUUGGAGGAUGAAGGUGUUCCCAUUGGGGCCAACCUUGCAUUAGUGGCAAGUUCAUGGUAUCAUCCUAAAACGUUUCUUCUCAAUUGUUCAAGUGGUGAACUUUACGUUGGCACUGCCAACUUAUCAGCUGGAGAAAUGAUGCCAUGUGUACCAAAAUCAUUGGUAAAGCCAACUAAUAGUGAUAUGCCCCAAGAUGGAUUACUUUUGUGGUUGGAAGAGCACCUUAGGCGCUUACAGAAUGGCAUGAUCAAGAUCCGCCCGCUUAAGACGUCAAGGUAUAUCUGCUUGUAUCCAGAAGCAUCCCCAUUGUGUUCGUCAGCAGUGACAAAUGGUGUAAAGGUACGUGCAUCUGCUGUCUUUGCACCAGAACAUCCUCAUGGUGUGGGGCGUGUGGGCAUAUAUCUGUACAGCUAUUCCAUCCGCCUGUCAGUUCCUGAGGCAUGCAUGUUGGGUGGAGUUUACUUUUCUUCCUGCCAGCUUCAUUCACGCCACUGGAUCAUCCGAUGUGGAGACAGGGUUGUUUCGGAUGUGCAUGGGGAAGGUGUUAUUGGGGAGUAUCCUUUACUUUUACCAGGCCAGGACGAGUUUGUCUAUGAGAGUUGCACGCCACUGAAUGGCAGUAGUGGAUCGGUCGAGGGCUCUUUUACAUUUCUGCCUGGGAGGGUGACCCGACCAGAAGGAAAACCAUUCAAUGUCACGGUGGCUCCGUUCACUCUGGAAGUACCCGACUACAUCUUCUGAGGAUAGUAUGUGCACCUAAUAACAGUGUAGUAUCUUGGUAGAAACACCGAACAUAUCUCUAGUACUCUGUCGGACGUAGCAAAGUUGCUUUGCCUGGAGUUGAUCUUGUCGAUCGAAUGUAAAACUAAAGGACCCAAAUGGUUGUCGUGGGCCGACCUUCUUCCGGUUCCUGGCCGUGGCCCUAAAGGAAUCUGUUGAAGCUGGA